UACAAAUUGCACAGGAAAUGCUUAUUGUGAUAUUAGUUAUAAAGACUAUAUAGAACUUAAAAGCAGAUUCGAAGCUAAUCUUAGUAAUUCCUACUUCGAAAAAGAAGCAAUUCAUCGUUAUGAAUUGUGGAUGCAGAAUGCUGUUAGAAGAGUUAAAUGUGCAAGAGAGGUUGGGAGAAAAAUUCAAGCUGUAAAGGUCAUACAACAAAAAUGGCUAGAGUAUUUCUACAGACCCGAAG